AUGCUCCGGCGCGGUCUCCGUCUACUAAGUACGGCAUCACACGACCCAUACAAUUGUCUAAUUUCGGCGGUUCAGCCGCCCUUGCUGGUCAAGAAAUCGGGCAUUCUCGCAGGACUCAAGUACGUCGCAAAAGACAACAUCUGCACCACGGAGCUUCCAACCACAUGUGGCUCGGCGAUACUAUCCAACUACACUUCGCCGUUUGAUGCCACAGUGGUAUCGCAGCUAGAGGAAGAGGGACUGACGCUAGUCGGAAAGGGUAAUCUCGAUGAGUUCGGAAUGGGGCUGUCGACGAUGUUUUCGCACUUUGGUGCGUCCGUAAAUCCACUUUUUGUAGAGAAACGUAUCUGUGGAGGGUCUUCUGGUGGAAGUGCGGCUGCUGUAGCCGGUGGUUUGGCGGACUUUGCCUUGGGAACAGAUACAGGUGGUUCAGUGCGCCAGCCUGCUAGUUAUUGCGGAAUUGUAGGUUUCAAGCCUUCGUAUGGGAGAUUAUCAAGGUAUGGUGUUGUGGCGUACGGUCAAGGUUUCGAUUGUGUGGGCAUUUUGGCCAAUGAUGUAGCUACUACGAAAAAGGUCUUCAAUGUGCUCAAUCGACACGAUUCCAAAGAUAUCACAUCGAUGUCUGAAACAACACGAGAGAAAGUGAGAGAAGCGUCCAGACCAAUUACCGGAAGAAAAUUGCGCAUCGGUGUACCUGAAGAGUUCCUUCUCUCUGAGGUUCAUCAAAAGACAAUAGAGCAGGUCGAAUCCAUACUACACAAAUUAAUAGAGCAGGGCCAUACAGUGGUUGCGACAUCUGUGCCAUCGAUGGGUCGUCUGCUUUCGGCAUAUUAUACUCUCGCAACCGUCGAAGCGGCAUCGAACAUUUCCCGAUUUGAUGGAAUCCGAUACGGAAAGUCAACAUCCACCACGGACCUGAGCUCUCUCAUUUCCGGAGACGCUCUUAUUCGGAAGAAUAGAUCGGCCGGACUUGGGCGGGAGGUGCAACGUAGGCUUAUCCUUGGAAACUAUACGCUUUCUGCCGAGUCCGGCGACAACUUCUAUCGUGCGACGAAGUUGCGCGGCAAGUUGGUACAAGAAUUCAACGAUAUUCUUUCGUUCCCUAACUUUUUGACAAAUCUGCCUGCAAACGAGGCCGCAUGUGACGUUCUUAUCGGACCAAGUGCUUCGGACAAGGCACCUCUCAUGUCAGAAUAUGAAAGCGAGGUCAAGAGAAACUUUCUCAAUGAGUAUGUUAACGACGUUUACACUGUUCCGGCCUCGAUGGCUGGCCUCCCUGCAAUCUCUGUGCCAUGUGAGGAUCGUGCUUAUGGAAUCCAGGUGAUAGGCCAAUAUGGUGAUGACUCGACGGUGUUGGAUGUAGCCCAACUCAUCGAAAGUUUGAACUCAUCAAUUUGA